UCAAAACAUAUAGCUCAACAUUUGUAGAACUAAAGUUACAUUAAUAACUCUAAAUUAAGCAUAUAGGAGUACCUAUUUCUUUGUUAACCGUUCAACACAGAAUAGCCGCAUGUGUGCACUUUUUUUAUUUAUUUUUAUUUUACCUUUAUUUAACUAGACAAGUCCGUUAAGAACAAAUUCUUAUUUUCAAUGACGGUCUAGGAACAGUGGGUUAACUGCCUGUUCAGGGGCAGAACGACAGAUUUGUACUUUGUCAGCUCAGGGGUUUGAACUUGCAACCUUCCGGUUACUAGUCCAACACUCUAACCACUAGGCUUACCCAGGUAGCCAGAUAGUAGAGCAUUGCAGUAGUUUAAUCUGUGACAAAGCCAUAGGCAUGGAUACAUUUUCUCCAUACAUUUUUACAUAAAGUUUCGGAUUUUUGCAUCGUUACGAAGAAGGAAAAAAGCUGCUCGUAAUUUUUUUUUUCUUUCCUGCUCUGGUCAGAAUGUCUGCAGAAAGUUCAAAUCCCAGAGGACUACUCUUCUGCAUCGCUCUUGUUCUCCCUGAGGACAGUGUGUGAGGAGUGUCACCUCUCUGUGUUUCCCCUGGUGGUUGCAGCGUGAAGGAUGUAAGGCCGGAGGAGGACGCAGGAUGGAGUGCUCCUGGAAGACAGUGCUGCUGCUGGUGUGUGCCUCUCUGGGGGUCCAGUAUACAGCCAUCCGCACCCUAAGAGACUCCCUGUCCGGGCCCUGCCACGGUGGCGUCUACCACUGUCAAAACCGACAGCCCAAAGACUCCAGGUGGAGAGCUAUGUGUGAGGACAACACGUUGCCCAUGGAAACAUCAGCCAUGGUCUCCCGGCGCCACAUCCUCCUGUUCGCCACCACCCGCAGCGGCUCCUCCUUCACUGGUCAGCUCUUCAACCAGCAUCCGGCCAUCUUCUACGCGUUCGAGCCCCUCUACCACGUCCAGCAGGCCUUCACCAACUCCAGCGGCAGACUGCGUCGGGCCCUGGACCGCCGGGCCCUGCUGGGGGCCUACCGGGACCUCCUCCUCAACCUCUACACCUGUGACCUACGCUUCCUGGAGAACUACAUCCGUCCUGAGCCCCAGGACCACGUCACUGGGUCUUUCUUCCGCCGGAGCUCCAGCCGAGCUCUCUGCUCCCCCCCUGUGUGCCCCGAGGGUGGUGAGGGGGCCUCGGCCUCUGGGAGUCAGCCUGAUGAGACCUGGUGCCCCAAGAAGUGCGGGGCGCUGAACCUCACCCUGGCCUCCAUCGCGUGUCUUUCACGGGGCCACGUGGCCAUCAAGACGGUGCGUGUCCCUGAGGUGGGGGACCUGCGCACCUUGACCGAGGACCCGCGGCUAGACCUAAGGAUCGUUCACCUGGUGCGCGACCCCAGAGCCAUCCUGGCCUCGCGCAUGAUGGCAUUCUCUGAGCAGUUUCGUGCCUGGAAGAUCUGGAAUGCUACAGGUAGGCAGCCGCACUACGUAGACCUAGCUCAGAUCACCAGCACCUGCAGGGACAUGGCAGACUCAGCAGAGACAAUGCUGCAGAGGCCGGCGUGGCUGCAUGGACGCUACCUCUUGGUGCGCUACGAGGACCUGGCCCUCAACCCCAAGGAGAAGGCUCAGGAGAUCUACAGGUUUGUGGGGUUGGAGAUGGAUGAAAGCGUGCAUUCGUGGAUCGCACAUAACACCAACAACAGCGCGCCUCCUACAUCCGAGUGGAACUAUAAGUAUUCCACCACCAGAGACUCCAAAGCCACAGCAGAGAGCUGGAGACUGAGACUAGGGUUUGAUAUAGUGAGGACUUUGCAGACUCUGUGCAAUGAUACACUCUCUCUUCUAGGCUACAGGGUGGUCCACUCUGUGGCUGAUCUGAGAAACAUGUCUAAUAGUCUGGUGGAGCCCAGGCCUUUUCAGACUCUCGUAUAAAUGUGACCAUGCAGGUGGUUGGAUAUAAUGCUACAAGAGCUCCAUAGUGUAACUGAUAUGUUGUCUGUGUCUUCACUCAAACACAGGCAAUCCAAUUUGGAUCUUUUUCCACUAAUUGGUCUUUUGACCAAUCAGAUCAGCUCUUUUGCCUAUAAUUGGGCAAACAAUCAGAACUGCCUGUGUAAAUGCAGCCAAUGAUACAAAGUUUUAUUUCACAGAAAUGUUUUAUGACUAUGAUUAUGACAAUGACUGUCUGUGUGUGUCUUCAUUGCAUUUAAUAUCUCCAAGCAUGUUUUGUUUAUGCCAAGCAAUUUAAGAUAUUUCCCCCCAAAAUUGUUGGGAAUUUAAAUGCAUUUCAUUUACAGUUUGCAUGUGGUUUGAAAAUUACACUCCAAAAACCGACAGAACUCAACUGCCAGUCCAGUAUGUUACCUGACAGUAUCGAGGAGAAUCUCAGGUUUUUGAGUUGUCUUGGAUAAAGCUUCUUAGUGUACGUGUUUAUGUGCUGCUCCAUUCAUAUUCUCUUUCACAGCAAUGACAUGUAUACUUAAGCUUAACCUUAGAAUGUUAUGUUUUUAAUCCUGGAAAUAAUAUUGUUUCUAUGUUCUUUUUCCUGGAAAUUCAAUGUGUCUAUGUCCAACACUUUGUAUUCAUGUUUUAUUUCCUAGAAUAACAAUUGCUGCCGUUGCACUGAUGCCAGCGCUUAGUACAGUAAUUCUAGCCUCAAGUCACUCUAAUGGUGUUAUGUUUUCUAAGAAUGGCUCGAUGCAGGUCAUCCAUUUAUGCUCACCUUAAAGGGAUGGAGGGGAUUUUUGUGAAAUGAAAAUUAUAGUGCUUGCCUGACAAAGCAUCUUCGAAAAUGCUCUGAAUGAUGACUGGAAAUGGCUUAAAAUGUCACAGGUAACCACACCAUGAAGAUCAGAGCCUGUAUCCUACUUUGUAUUGCAACCUGAUUUCAAAUGUACACUUCAGACAGAUGCCUUUGGUUGGUACACUGUAUAUACUAUAAUAUAUGUGUUAUUAAAAGAAAAGGUGUCAGUGCUUUGUCUUAAGUCUGUAACUGUCAACUGUAAAUCAGGUUUGUCAAAAUAUCAUAAAGCUCUAUUUUAUAAAUUAAACAUUUUCUAAA